AUGAUGUUGAUUAAAUCGUUCUUUCCUACGUUUUCUGCCCUUUCGGGCAUUCACGGAAAGAAUCUCGACACAAUAUGGUCUUUCACAGUGAAACGAUAUGCAGGUGGUUCAAUAGGCUGGUCCUACCUGAACCAGGACACCUGGCACACGGAGAAUUACACCUGCAGCUCCGAUACGAACGAGCCCCACUCGCCAAUCAACAUUUUCACCAAAAGAACCACACGCAGGACCUUCAAACCCUUCAAAUUCACCAACUACGACAACAAAGACUUGAAAAUGGUUCUGGGCAACAACGGGCAUCUAGUCAAAAUAGAUUUCCCAGAAACACAGGCUGAGAUGACAGGGGGAGGUCACCCCGAAGAUUUUACCGUUGACCACAUACACUUUCACUGGGGCAAGAAGAGUACUCAAGGAUCGGAGCACUUCAAAAACGGGACAAGCUUCCCUAUGGAGAUGCACAUCGUCCAUUUCAACGCCAUCUACCCAAGUCUGUAUGACGCAGAGGGUCAACCGUCCGGUUUGGCGGUCUUUGCGUUCUUGUUUGAGUUAUCACGUGAUCCAAAUCCAGCCCUGACUCCGAUCGUAGGUAGGCUGCAAGAAGUUCGUACUCCAUACACGGCGGUGGACCUGAAGCUGCCGUCACUGGCCACCAUCCUACCUGGCAACAUGGAUGAGUUCUACCAGUACACCGAUGGGGGGCUCAGGGGCUUCCCUUGCAUCACCUGGACCAUCUUCAGGGAGACAAUCAAAAUCUCGGAAAGUCAGUUGGAGAAGUUCCGGACCCUGGAGUCAAGUGAAGGAGGUAAUCUUGAGGGCAACCACCGUGACCCACAAGAUAUUCCUGGUGUGCAGGUGGUGUCCAGUUAUGAAGUACCAGCAAGUGAGAAUACCACACAGGGCUCGGCGUUCAGCAAGCUGAUUUAUAAAUUGGUUUGUGGCCGCUCAAAAAAUAGCAAGUCUCCAUUUUAA